GCCCGCGGCUCGGUCGCCGCUGCUGCGGCUGGCAGUGAGCCCCAGCCCCGGCCUGCUGCGGGGCACGGGGCGCCGGGCGGGCUCUAAGCCGUGCUGCUGUUGUUCGUCCGCAGCGCCGUGUCCGUGCCCCGAGGGACGAGCAGCGCCCGGCCCGGGAGGGAUGCUCCGGGAGCGGCUCCCCGGCUCUGCCUCCGCGCUGCCCUGACUCGAGAGUGGUGGCAACUCCACAGAAAAGUUAAAUGUCUUCAGAGGACAAGGAGGCUCAGGAGGACGAGCUGCUGGCUCUGGCCAGCAUCUACGAUGAGGAUGAGUUUAAGAGAGCAGACUCUGCCCAAGGGGGAGAAACAAGAAUUUGCCUGGAGUUGCCUCAAGACUUCAAAAUUUUUGUGAGGGGCAGUUCCACAGAGAGCCUCCAGAGCAGUGGAUUCGAGUACUCCGUGUGCUUCCUGCCUCCCCUCGUGCUGAAUUUCGAGCUCCCACCCGACUACCCAUCAACCUCCCCGCCCGUGUUCACCCUCAGUGGGAAAUGGCUCUCCCAGGCCCAGCUCAGCGCUCUUUGCAAGCACUUGGACAACGUGUGGGAGGAGAACCGAGGCUGCGUUGUGCUCUUUGCCUGGAUGCAGUUUCUGAAGGAGGAAACGCUGAAUUACCUGAAUAUCUCCUCACCCUACGAGCUGCAAAUGUGCCCUCAGGGGAAGGGGCAGGGCCGGACAGGAGUGGGGCCCCCCGAGGCUGGGAAGGACUGUGGGGGUGCCACAGGCUCUGCCACAGCUGAGGAGGAGAUGGUGGAUGCCAGGGCCGUGCAGGAUGUGGAGUCCCUGUCCAGUCUGAUCAGGGAGAUCUUGGACUUCGACCAGGCGCAGAGGAGGAAGUGCUUUAACAGCAAGAUGUACUUGUGCAGUAUCUGCUUCUGUGAGAAGCUGGGCAGUGAGUGCAUGCACUUCACCGAGUGCAGCCACGUGUACUGCAAGGCCUGCCUGAAGGACUACUUUGAAAUCCAGAUCAGGGAUGGACAGGUGCACUGCCUCAACUGCCCCGAGCCCAAGUGUUCUUCUGUCGCCACUCCAGGCCAGGUGAAGGAGCUGGUUGGGGAGGAGCUGUUUGCCCGCUACGACCGCCUGCUGCUGCAGUCCAGCCUGGACCUGAUGGCCGACGUGGUUUAUUGCCCCCGGCCUGGCUGCCAGACCCCCGUCAUGCAGGAGCCCGGCUGCACCAUGGGCAUCUGCUCCUGCUGCAACUACGCCUUCUGCACCCUCUGCAAGAUGACUUACCAUGGCGUGUCCCCCUGCAAGGUCACUGCAGAGAAAUUAAUGGAGCUGAGGAACGAAUAUUUAGAAGCAGAUGAGGCAAAUAAAAGAUUUUUGGAACAACGCUAUGGCAAGAGAGUGAUUCAGAAAGCCCUGGAGGAGAUGGAGAGUAAGGAAUGGCUGGAAAAGAACUCCAAGUCUUGUCCUUGCUGUGGGACCCACAUUGAGAAACUGGAUGGCUGUAACAAGAUGACCUGCACAGGGUGCAUGCAGUAUUUCUGCUGGCUCUGCAUGGGCUCCCUGUCCCGGGCCAACCCCUACCGGCACUUCAACGACCCCUCCUCCCCCUGCUUCAACAGAUUGUUUCAAGCCAUGCACAUUGAUGAUAGGGAGUUCUGGGAAGUGGAAGAUGAUAAUCAGUAGCUUCCUCCAGCACCAAAAGGGAUGAGGAUGUGACCAGUGAGGGUACAAAGUAUCAGGAAGAGAUGAACUUGAAUUCUUCAAGAUACUGACAAUUACCUGUUGUUCUCAGUUGAUGAAGUAUUUAUUUUUAAUUAACUCUUCCUAUAAGAAAUUUGAUGGUUGAUACUUUUGCUUCUGGACUAGAUCCUUUCUUUCCACUGGUUUUGCACUUUAAAUUAUUUCAGUAACAAAAUUGUUUCCCCUAAAGUCUCAGCAAGUGGUUUUGAGUAUGAAUGUGAUUACUGGAGGCAAACACUGAUUUUUUUUACAAGUUUUUCCACUUGCAGAACAGUCUAAAAGGUUAUUUGGAAAAUAAAGCUGCAUGUGCUGUGUUCAAGAACAGUAAGGCCUGGAUGGAAAGCUCUGGAGCUGAGACUCCUCAGCAACUGCGUGUGAUCACAGCUCACUCAGCUCUGACUGAGACUUAAUAAAUUUAUCCUGGGAUGUGUGGCCAAAACAAGUGGUGCUUCAGUUCCCUGUGCAGAGGAGGAGUCUGCACUGUUGGAACUGGCACCGAGAUUAAAGAGAUGGAAGGAAAAGGAAAUCUCACCUCAGCUGAAUCUCUAGGUCAGUGUGUAGGUGAAGUGUAUGUUGUGGAUGGUUUGUUUUUCCUGCACUAAAUUCAAGUCACUAAGUUCACCUUAGGAUGGUAAAUGCAGUGUCCCUGUUUGUCUUCCUUCUGGCAUGGAUUUGGCAGCACAGGUGUGCCCAGGUGCUCCUGGGAGUGGGACAGCCCAGAGCUCCCACCUGGAGCUGGCAGGGCUGUGCUCUGCUGGUGGGAUUUAAUGUGUUCAGAGUGCCUUCCCACCCCGAGGGCCCUGCCUUGCCCUCCGAGGAAAACCUGCCAGCAAACACUGGGCAAGGAAGGGGAGCAGCAGGAGCUCUUCCCACCACACUGCCUCCAGGACUGCUUUGCUACCACGAGCACACUGAGACCAAGCACCAGAUACAGCCAAAUGUCACCAUUUUAAAAAACUAAAGACAUUUAGUGAACAAAGUUACAUUACAGAUCAACAACUUACAAAACUUCUGUAUAAAGAAAAUAAAGUUUGCCCAGUUUUCUUGCCCCUUAUGUGAGAGCACUGGACAGAAAUC